AACUCAGGAUAGUUCUUCCUCAUGUCCUCCUCGAUCUCCCAAGUGGCUGCUUCUGUGCCUUGGUUCCUCCACACCACCUUCACCAUUGGAACCUUCUUCCUUCGUAGCUCCUUAUCUUGGCGGUUGAUGAUCCCGACUGGUAUCUCAUUAUAGGUCAUGUCACUAUCCAGUUGAAUAUCUUCUAACUCCACGAUGUGGGUUGGGUCGGAUCGGUACCCUUUGAGCAUGUUGACAUGGAAUACAUUGUGGAUCUUGGAUAGAUUUGGAGGUAAUGCGAGCCUAUACGCCAGAGGGCCUACUCGCUCCAAUACUUCAUAUGGUCCAAUGUAUCUUGGACUCAACUUGCCCUUCUUUCCAAAUCUCAUAACCCCUUUCCAUGGAGAAACCUUCAAGAAUACCUUAUCUCCCACUUCAUGAGUCCUCUCUUCUCCUGGCUUGUCUGCAUAGCUCUUUUGACGAUCCUGAGCAGCUUUAAUGUUUUCUCGUAUUUGCUUAAUUUUGUCGACUGUGUCUUGUACUAGUUGUGGGCCCUCAAUUUGCCUUAAUCCUUCCUCAUCCCAAUAUAGGGGAGAUCUGCACUUUCUCCCAUACAAGGCCUCAUAUGGUGCCGCCUUUAGGGAGCUGUGGUAUUGAUUAUUAUAAGCAAACUCCAUCAAAGGGAGAUACUUGUCCCCCGAUCCCCUCAUCUGCAAUGUACAAGCUCUCAAUAAAUCCUCCAACGUUUGUAUCGU